AUGGGAUGCUGGAUUUUGAAUGAAAAACUCUCAGUUCUAUUAUUAAUGGUGUGGCUGGGACUAAAUUUCUAUUUGUUUAUCGAGACCUUUCACUGGUAUGAAGAUGAUGAUGCUUACACUUAUACAAGGAUUAUGCUAGGAUCAACCCUGGCUUGGGCGAGAGCUUCUGCAAUGUGCCUUAAUUUUAACUGCAUGCUAAUCCUGUUACCAGUCAGUAGAAACUUUCUUUCAUUCUUAAGAGGAGCAAGCACUUGCUGUGGAGGAACACUGAGAAGACAGCUUGACAAAAACAUCUCAUUUCACAAGAUGGUUGCCUGUGGAAUAGCCGUAAAUGCAACCGUCCAUAUAGUUGCCCACUUGAUCAACAUCGAGCGGUAUCAUGCCAGCCAGUCGAAGGAAGCUGGGGAGUUACGGAAUAAACUUUCUGUUCUUGGCAAGAGCCCAAAUGAAAGCUACUUGAAUCCAAUCAGGACCUAUGAAACAAACACAACAGGAGAGGUACUAACCACCAUAGCUGGAAUAACUGGAGUUGUAAUAACUGUGGCUUUAAUUCUGAUUAUGACAUCAUCCACUGAGGUCAUCAGAAGGUCAUGCUAUGAGGUGUUCUGGUAUACCCAUCACCUCUUUGUGAUUUUCUUCAUUGGUUUAAUAAUCCAUGGUAUGGGUCAGCUUGUUCGAGGUCAGACACCUCAAAGUUUGCUGCUUCACAAUGUCACUUACUGUAAGGAUCACUACUUGGAAUGGGAGAACACCACUCAGUGCCCUUUGCCACAGUUCUCUGGCAACAAACCUGUGGCUUGGAAGUGGGUUUCAAGUCCUAUGGUGUUGUACAUCUGUGAAAGAAUUGUUAGAUUUUGGAGAUUUCACCAGGAGGUGGUCAUUACUAAGGUGGUGACACAUUCCUCUGGAGUCCUUGAGCUUCAUAUGAAGAAAGAUGGCUUUAAAAUGGGACCUGGUCAAUACAUCUUUCUACAGUGCCCAUCAGUCUCACAGCUAGAGUGGCACCCUUUCACCCUCACUUCAGCACCCGAGGAGGAUUUCUUCAGCGUUCACAUACGGGUUGUCGGGGAUUGGACUGCAGCACUCUUCAAGGCCUUUGGAGCAGAGGAAAAAGCUUUCAGGGAAUUGUGGAUGUUACCAAGACUGGCUGUAGAUGGGCCAUAUGGAUCUGCAACCACAGAUGUCUUCCACUAUCGAGUGAGCGUGUGCAUUGCAGCAGGAAUUGGAGUCACACCAUUUGCCUCAGUUUUGAAAUCCAUUUGGUACCAAUGCUGCAAUUCUAACACAGUACUGGCGCUGCAAAAGGUUUAUUUUUACUGGAUUUGUCGAGACCCAUCAGCAUUUGAGUGGUUUGCUGAUCUUCUGUUCCAUUUGGAAACAAAAAUGGCUGAAAAAGGGAAAAAUUAUUUUCUGAGUUAUCAUAUAUUUCUUACUGGCUGGGAUGAAAGUCAGGCUACUCACAUAGCCCUACAUUAUGAUGACAAGGUGGAUGUAAUUACUGGUUUGAGACAGAAGACCCUCUAUGGAAGGCCAAACUGGGACAAAGAAUUCAAGCAACUAGCUGAAAACCACCCUAGCAACAGUAUUGGAGUAUUCUUCUGUGGACCCAAGACUCUCUCCAAGAUCCUUCAAAAGACAUGCAACUCAUAUUCAUCAGUUGAUCCACGAGGAGUUCACUUUCACUAUAACAAAGAAAGUUUCUAG